AUGGCAUCCAACCAGGCUGCCGCGCUCAUAGCGCAGCUCAACAAUCUCAGCGCAAAGCUCUCCAGUGAUGACCAGAGCGCAAGAAAGGAAGCCCUGCAAUUGAGCAAAAGGCUUGCGGGAACGCUUGAACAGCCGGAGAAUGUGGCUGUGGAACUGGCAUUCUCGCCUUUCGUCGCUAUAGCCGCCAGAAUCGCCGUGGAUCUUGACCUCUUCAAGAUCAUCGCGAACCAUGGCAGCGCUAUCACCUCAAAGGAAUUGGAAUCCCAGUCGGGCGGGGAAGAACUGUUGAUCAUUCGGACAUUGAGGCCCCUGGCCUCGAUUGGUUUCGUCGAUGAGGUUGGCGAACGAACUUGGGAAGCCACGCCAGUCACCAAGGCGAUGGCUACAGAAGAGAUCGCUGCUGGACAUAGAAUGGUCGGUGAAAUGCUUGUGGGGGCGGCACACAAAGGGCCUAGAUAUCUUCAGGAGGCCGGCUUCUGUUGCCCUGUCGAUCCGCACGAUGGUUUCAUGCAGUACGCAUACCAGACGAAGCUGAACACGUUCCAGUUCUUCACCACCAAGCCGAGUGUCUUGAGAGACUUCAAUCUAUUCAUGGGGAAUACGAUGGGUGCCCGAGAAUACUGGGUUGACUGGUUCCCUGUCAAGGAGAGGCUGCUUGAAGGAGUGACUAUCGACAAAGAGUCAGCCCUACUCGUGGAUGUAGGUGCUGGGAGAGGCCAUGACUUGCUUGCAUUUCAGGCACGAUACCCGAAGCAAGAAGGUCGUCUCGUUCUCCAGGAUCUGGCACCUAUCGUCGACAACUUGCAAGACAUUGAUACAUCCAUUGAGUGUAUGACUUAUGACUUCUUCACCGAGCAGCCGGUGAAAGGGGCGCGAUCAUACUUCUACCAUCACAUCCUGCAUGACUGGUCCGACAAGAUCUGCUUGGAUAUACUGAAGCAAGUCAAGGCAGCCAUGAAACCUGGCUACUCAAAGUUACUGCUACAUGAGAUGAUCAUACCUGAACAGGGCGCGUCAACUUUCCAUGCCAUGCUAGACAUGACUAUGAUGGCCUUCAACGCAGGCAUGGAAAGAACCGAAAACCAGUGGCGAUCACUGCUCGAGAAAGCUGGGCUUACUGUUGUCAAAGUCUGGCCACCCUUGCAAGAGGAUGCAGAUGGGAUCGUGGAAGCAAUGCUCCAGGAGUGA